CGACUAGUUACAGGGUGCAAGCAUAUUCUGAGGCUUUACAAUCGUUCCAUCACAUCACAAAAUGUUCGGCAAUGCCCUCCAUUGCUCUUUUCUGCUUCUUGCAUUCUUUUUACAGACCAACCCCUCACUUGCAACGCCUGCAAAUGGCUACACGACUGAUCUUAUCAUUCACCAAAACGACAUCUGGCAGCAGGCAUAUUCCAACAGACAUGUAACAUACACCAGCGUUGUGGAAUACGAUGCAGAUACAAAGGACUGGCUUUCCGAUGCCCAGUUGGCUGGAUUAGCCCGUCAAGCGUAUGCGGAGAUGGUUCCCAUCUAUGCCGCCAAUCGCGUAACUUGUGGCUCAAAUUAUCCACUAAUCCCUCCGGUCAUGUCUGCUUUGGCCAUCGGAAACCGGGUCUACUUUGCAAGCUCCUUCAAAGGGAACUCCAACCCGAACAUCUUUUUCAAGCCCGCGGAUGCCAUGGCCAACAAUCAGCCUGCGAUAUCCGACAUCACGAGAACAUUAAAUGAGUGCGGUAUUAGCCAGCAAGGAUAUCCAAUGCCAGGAAUGCUAAGGCACAACCAAAACGGAAACUGUGGGGAAAUCGUUGCUGGUGGAAUAUAUAUGGCAGUCAACAAACAGCCUCUAUCGGCGGUAGCAAAACCAGGAGGGGUCAGAGACAAUGUUGUAAAUGCUCGCAUCGCCCCCUGGUAUGGAGCAGUGGAAAUGGUGAACGGUAACCUGGUUCCUAAAGAUGGUGGGAUUAUUGGCCCCUGUACGGGCUCAGUUUCAUCCCACGGUUGCAUCCGUUUUCUCGAAAGCCAGGGCGUUAACGGUCUCCGGGCGGGCAGCGCUUUCGAAAAUAGUGACCGGGUUCCAGUCAGAUACCUGGAUGAUUCCUUGAAAGAUAUAUGGAACUAUAUUGGCGGCAUUCAUGUGGAUGAACUGGCCGGUUUCAGCGAUGACGAUAUGGAAUUUUAA